GUGUGGUGUCUCUCUCUCUCCCCCUUUCUCUCUGUGUGUGUGGUGUCUCUCGCUGUCUCUCUCUCUCUCUCUCUCUCCGUCUCUCUGCCCCCUCCCUCCCUGCUUCAGGACGCUACCAGCCCACCAUGAGCAAUUCUCUCAGCCUGCCGCUCCCCGAACGCCAGGACGAAGAGGAAGAUGACGAGGAGGACGUGGAGAGGACCUACCGGCUCCGCCUGAUCCCCCGCUCGUCCCCCACCCCCCGCAAGCGAUCGCCGGCCUGCGACGAUCCCGGAGAGGCUCCCCCGGGGAGGAAGGUCUCUUUCGCUGAUGCCCGGGGCUUGGAGUUGGCGCGGAUCCGUUAUUUCCAGCAAUUCCCGGAACCCGAGAAGGAAGAGGUCACCCGGACCGGACCGGCCUUCCGGCUGUGCCCGGCCUUCGGCCUGGCACCGGCGGAGCAGCUCCUCGACCUGGUGAGGCGGCGCAAGGUGGAGCUGGAAAGCGUCCGGUGCCCGCCCGACGACCCGCUCUCGGUGCACUGCCUGGCCCGGGUCCUCAACCUCUCCUACCAGAAGGUGGUGCAGGCCCGCUGCACCGUGGACGAGUGGGCCACCCACUUCGACCACCCGGCCGACUACGUGCCCGGCUCCUCGGAUGGCACCAGCGACCAGUUCGCCUUCCGCCUCCCCCUCCCAAGCAUCUGUGCCCACGACGGUGCCAGGCUCCACUUUGUGCUGCGCUACGAGACCCCCGGCGGCGUCUACUGGGCCAACAACGGUGGGGCCAACUACACGGUGGUCUGUCGGGCAGCGGAGGGGACGGGCAAAGAGGCACCACCACCCCAGGGCACGGCCACCUGCCUCAAGAGCUGCCUCAAGGCGACACCGCGCAGGUACGAUGAUGAGGACGAGGACGCCGAGUGGGACAGACACAGUAAGGCUAUCGGCCCCCAACCUCCCCCAUCCCACACCCCAGGCCUACCGUCUGCCAUCGCGACGCGCCCUGCCCCGGGGGCGCACCCGAAUGUCCUCAUUCCGGAACUUCCCGUCUCCUCGGAGAGGAUCGCCGACGAUGCUAACCCUCCGUCGCGGCCCUGUGAUCGGAAGGUGCAGGUGCCCGAGGUGCGGGUGAUGGAUCCCGAGUCCAAAGGCCUCUUCCCGCCCUGCUCUGGCCUUCCCGGUCAGGUGCGGGACGCGGGCCCGGACGUGCUGUUCGUUCCGAUCCAAGAGGGGACGCCUCUGAGCCUGGAGGGGGCACCCCGGGGUGACAUGACGGAUGAUGGGCCUGAGGGAGGGCCUCCGAGCCUGGAGGGGGCGCAGCAGGACGGCAUGACAGAGGCCAAGCCUGAGCGAGGGCCUCCCAGCCUGGACGGGGUGCCACAGUGCGACUGGGCGGAGGGUGGGUCCCUGAGCCUGGAGGGGGCACUGCAGGAUGACACGGAGGAGACCGGGCCUGAAGGAGGCGGGCCCCCGAGCCUGGAGGGGGCACUGCAGGACGACAAGAUGGAGGCUGGGCCUGAGGGAGGGCCUCCGAGCCUGGAGGGGGCGCUGCAGGACGACACAAUGGCGAUCGGGCCCAAGCAAGGGCCUCCCCGCCAGGAGGGACCACUCCGGGACGACGUGACAGACGCCUGGCCCGAGCAAGGGCCUCCGAGCCUGGAGGGGGCGCCUCAGGAUGACGUGACGGAGACCAGGCCCGAGGGAGGGCCUCCUCAGGAUGACGUGACGGAGACCAGGCCCGAGGGAGGACACGCCCAUGCCGUCACGGGAUUCCCACGUGAGCGACCGUCGUCGACGGGGAGGCGGGCUCCGUCGGAACAACCGACCAAUCGGCGAGCAGAGACGGGCGACUAA